GAGAAAAUACUACUGGGAUUGGAUUGGACAGUAUUAGGCAGUACCUGUCCCACUGAGAUUGCUGAGCUAUUCGUCAUCAAUAGAUUACCCAAUUUCACAUGCUCUGUUCUUUUCUGUCCGUCUCCCUCACACACAUUCAUACAUAAAAGGCCAUUGAGCUUCAUUCAUAGCUAGCUAGCUCUCUGAAGAAGAUGAAGCUGCCAUGGCUACUGUUUUCGCUGUUACUGAGCUUGACAUUGUGGUCGGCAAUGGCGAUGGCAAGUAACGUGAGCUACGACAGUCGGUCUCUGAUAAUCGAUGGCCAGCGGAAGCUACUCAUUUCUGCUGCCAUUCACUACCCUCGCAGUGUCCCAGGGAUGUGGCCGAAUCUAGUUCAAACGGCAAAAGAAGGAGGGGUGGAUGUGAUUGAGACAUAUGUCUUUUGGAAUGGUCAUGAACCAUCUCCAGGCAAUUAUUAUUUUGGGGGACGAUAUGAUCUGGUGAAGUUUGUGAAGAUCGUCGAGCAGGCUGGGAUGUACUUGAUUCUUCGAAUUGGCCCAUUUGUUGCCGCAGAAUGGUACUUUGGAGGAGUACCCGUUUGGCUGCAUUAUGUGCCUGGCACUGUAUUUCGAACUGAAAAUGAGCCCUUUAAGUUUCAGUAUCAUAUGCAGAAGUUCACAGCAUUCAUAGUUAACCUUAUGAAACAGGAGAAGCUUUUUGCAUCACAAGGAGGUCCCAUUAUCUUGGCACAGAUAGAAAAUGAGUAUGGAUACUAUGAAAAAGACUAUGGAGAUGGGGGUAAACAAUAUGCCAUGUGGGCUGCUAGCAUGGCUGUUUCUCAGAAUAUAGGCGUGCCUUGGAUCAUGUGCCAACAAUUUGAUGCUCCAGAGUCUGUGAUAAAUACUUGUAACUCGUUCUACUGUGAUCAAUUUACACCUAUCUAUCCGAACAAACCUAAAAUUUGGACAGAGAAUUGGCCUGGCUGGUUUCAAACAUUUGGCGCCAGAAAUCCUCACAGGCCAGCUGAAGAUAUUGCUUAUUCUGUAGCUCGCUUUUUCCAAAAAGGAGGCAGUGUUCAAAAUUACUACAUGUAUCAUGGAGGAACCAAUUUUGGUCGCACUUCAGGUGGACCAUUCAUUACCACGAGUUAUGACUAUGAGGCACCAAUUGAUGAAUAUGGAUUACCUAGGCUUCCAAAAUGGGGCCACCUUAAGCAACUUCACAGAGCCAUUAAGUUAUGUGAGCAUAUCAUGCUCAAUGGUGAGCGAAUUAAUGUUUCACUGGGUCCUUCCCAAGAGGCUGAUGUGUAUACUGACUCUUCUGGAGCAUGUGCUGCCUUUAUAGCUAACAUGGACGACAAAAAUGACAAGACAGUAGAAUUUCGAAAUGUGUCAUAUCAUCUGCCAGCAUGGUCAGUUAGCAUACUGCCUGACUGCAAAAAUGCAGUAUUUAAUACCGCAAAGGUUGGAUACCAGAGCUCUGUAGUUGAAAUGCUACCUGAGAGUUUGCAGCCAUCAGUGGUAUCACCUGACAAAAGCUUUAAAGAUCUCAAAUGGGAUGUAUUUGUGGAGAAACCUGGAAUUUGGGCUGAAGCUGACUUCGUUAAAAAUGGCUUGGUGGAUCACAUCAACACCACAAAAUUUACCACCGACUAUCUAUGGUACACAACAAGCAUAUUUGUUGGUGAAACUGAAGCAUUUCUAAAGAAUGGUAGCUCGCCAGUUCUUCUAAUUGAAUCAAAGGGUCAUGCUCUCCAUGCUUUUGUGAAUCAAGAACUCCAAGCUAGUGCAUCUGGAAAUGGGACGCACCCACCCUUCAAAUUAAAAACUCCUAUCUCUCUGAAGGCAGGAAAGAAUGAAAUUGCUCUGCUAAGCAUGACAGUUGGUUUGCAGAAUGCAGGAUCAUUUUAUGAAUGGGUAGGGGCAGGGCUAACCAGUGUCAACAUUACAGGGUUCAACAAUGGGACAAUAGAUUUGUCUGCGUAUAAUUGGACCUACAAGAUUGGAUUGCAAGGAGAACACCUAGGACUUUACAAGGGAGACGGUUUAGGUAAUGCAAAUUGGGUUUUGACCUCAGAACCACCAAGGAAACAACCUUUGACGUGGUAUAAGGUUAAUGUGGACCCUCCGCCAGGUGAUGAACCUAUUGGGCUCGAUAUGAUUGACAUGGGAAAAGGUCUAGCUUGGUUAAAUGGAGAAGAAAUUGGAAGAUACUGGCCUAGGAAGAGCCCUAAUCAUGGAUGUGUUAAAGAAUGCAAUUACAGAGGCAAAUUUGAUCCAGACAAAUGCAACACAGGAUGUGGAGGACCAACACAAAGAUGGUACCAUGUUCCACGGUCUUGGUUCAAGCAAUCUGGAAAUGUGCUGGUGAUAUUCGAGGAGAAAGGUGGAGAUCCACUGAAAAUUAAAUUCUCGAGACGGAAGAUCACAGGUGUAUGUGCCAUUGUUGCAGAGAAUUACCCCUCUAUUGACCUUGAAUCUUGGCCUGAGGGAAAUGGAAGUAACAAUACCAUUGCAACAGUCCAUUUGAGGUGCCCUGAGGGGACACAUAUUUCGACUGUAAACUUUGCCAGCUUCGGGAAUCCUACAGGCUCCUGUGGAUCCUACACCCAGGGUAACUGUCAUGAUCCUAACUCCACUUCUGUGGUUGAAAAGGUCUGCUUAAAUCAAAACAAAUGUGCCAUAGAAUUAACAGAAGAGAAGUUUAAUGAGGAUUUGUGUCCCAGUGUACCAAAGAAGCUUGCAGUUGAAGCAGUGUGCAGCUGAAAUGUGGGUUUUUAUUCAAGAGCAGUUUCAGUAUAGACGGCCUGCUUCACUGAAUACAAGAGAAGGGUACCUAUCUUUAUUUGUUUCUCUUUCUUCUUGCUAUAGAAGAAUGUAGCGGGAAGAUGUUUAUUUAAAGAGGUAUUGUCUGCUAUGUGGCUUGCCCUUUUGGAAGAAGUUUAUUUAUUAUUUGUUUUACUUAAUUAAUUUUUCAUUUUUACUUC